AUGAACAAUGAGUACAACCUGCCUACGGAGCUCGCUGGUGCUGCGUCUGUCGCCGGGCUCCUCGAUAGGAAUUGGGAUGUGGAUGAUAUUUCUGCGUUUCAAGAGUAUUUGCAGUUGAGAGGGAGGUCUUCUCAGCAGCCAGUUGCUCCUGCAGCUGCACCGGCGGCGACAACGGUACAGCCAGUGCAACCAGUACAACCGGUGCAACCAUUCAACGAAUACAUUAUGGGCAUUCAAGAUUCACAGCCGCCAUUCGCCGCCCAAUUGACCCCCCAAACGAGUUACUCCAACAGCUCGCCAACGAUGACGUCCUCGGGAUUUGGUUCUGCUUCCGCCAUCUCAAGAGACGAUGCACAAUACAGGGAACAGGAAGCUGCAGACAAAAAGAAGUUUAGGAGAAGCAGGAAAGGCUGCUACACGUGCAGAUCGAGGAAGAUAAAGUGUGAUGAAGGUAGACCAGUAUGCCAUCGUUGCCAGGUUGCAAAGCGCGAGUGCUCAUUUCCACCUUCGAUUGAGUAUGGAAAUGAUAGCAGCAAACGCCGCACGAGUAGCGUUGACGAAGAAGAUGGUAACGAUUCUCGACCUGGCUGGCUCAAGUAUACCACAGAUCCACCCGAUUUUCUGGCUCCAUUCCUCCCUGAUGAGGCUCCGGAUGAUGACUCUGUGUCUCAGAUUGGUCCGCGGUUCCCCGCACCCACUUUCCUAGAUGUCGACGGACAAAUCGGACCAGCGAUCAGCAAUGUAUUUCCACCUCCACAGCCUGACGCUAGUCUGUCCCAAAAUAUGGCUAGCUUUACGAGGGAUUUUGAGAUGUUGUCACAGAAAUCAAACACUCCGGCUCACAAGAGACAGAAAAAAGGCGAAGCGGGGAAAGAAAAAAAUGAUGAUACCGCUAGAGAGCAAUCAAUCACAAAAGCAUCGACUCCUUCGCCGUUUGACGCUCUCUACCCACCUUCACCAUUCGCGAUUCCAUUUGAAACUAAAUUUCCAACGUCUUCAAAUCCACCUGAUCUCAGCAAAUUGAAAGAGGAUGAGCUUGCAAACCCUCCUAGCACAACCGCUUUCCAUUUGGAUGAGGAUGAGGAUGAGGGUGAGGACGAGGAAACACUCCAAAAUAAACUCACCAAAUCGGUGAUUGAGAAUAGUGCCGCAGUCGGAGGAUCAUCAGUUGAAACACGCUCACCACUGCUCUCAAACCCAGACUACUUAUUCCCAUUCUUCCCUAAUCAACAAGAUCGUAUGCUGGUACAUCAUUAUCUCACACAGUCGGUGAGAUUCAUCAUUGCUUUGAACUUGCCACACUCUGUCAAUCCAUGGAUACGUAUACAUGCACCACUCGCAUUCGGUAUGAUUGCAGACAAGAACCCUAAUGAUGCAUAUGCCCAGGCUCAAGUUACAGGACAGGGUAUUAGCGUUGAAGCUUUGCGCACAGGUUUGCUUAGUGUGUCGGCAGUACAUCUUGCAUAUUUGCGCGGCAAGGAUCCAGCGAGCAGAGAUCUGGCUGCAAGUUUGCGUAGAACGGCAGUCAGAUAUCUUCAAAAAGCAGUGAGUGCAGGCGAAGUUGAAACGGAUACAUUCUUGGCUGGGGUGUUGAGCGUUGCUAUGCGCGACAUUCUUGCUGGAGAUCCAGGCUGGAAAGGUAUUUUAGAACUUGCAAAAUCUGUAAUACAACGACGCGGUGGUCCUAUCAAGAUGCUGGAAACGGGCAAACCGGCAAAGAAAAAGGAAGUGUCUGUGCCGAGAUUUCUCCUCGAGCAGCUUGCAACGAGGGAUGCUUUUGGCUCGCUCACGACAGGUGAAGAGCCAGCCAUCAUCAAAGGUUGGUCGCCGUGGUUCCUUGAGCUUGGCGAGACAGGCAGCUGCGAUUGGGAGUGGGAAAGCGUUGAGCGUAUGUUCGGAUUGAGUAGAGGAAUGGUUGAUCUAAUAGCUCGCAUUUCCUCACUCGUCGCCAGGAAACGUAAACUCGGUUUACCGCUGUACGAGAAUGAUGCGCAAAAAGCUGAAAGAAGCAGCUGUAACAGUGGAGAUUCAACACCUGAAAUGCGUGGUCGUUCAGAAUUGCGCAGCUCUCGCAAAGUCCGCAACUCAGGCAGCGAUUCACGCUCUCGAACCCGCGAAGCUCGCAAGAGUCGUUCAGCGAAUUCGCGAAAUCGCUCACGCUCCGCGAGACGUCACGUGGAUUCGAAUGAAGUGGUUAAGGAAAUGCGGAGACAAGCAUUAGAAGAGGAGUCACGAGAAACACUGACAGAGCUUGAAAACUUCUCCAAUCAGAUGAAUUUCGUACAGUUGCAUCCCAGAGUUAGUGUUGGGAAUCACGCUCAUAGAUAUGCGAUGCAGAUACACAUCUUGCGCAAUCUGUUUGAGGUUUCUAUUGCGGAUGAGAGGGUUGUGAGGGCUACUGACAGUAUACUCGAAGUCUGCUUCGAAGGAUCGAGUACAGGCAUGGUAGUAUGGCUGACGUGGCCGGUGCUGAUUGCGGGGAUGCACUCCAUCUCUGAGGAAAAGAGGUCAUCGGUGUUGGCGCUGCUACAGUCAUUCAAAACACAAGCGUGCUGGGAUGUAGAGUCUGCGGAAGCGAUACUCAAGGAGUAUUGGAGGAGAUCUGAUAUGGGGUGCAAUCAAUUAUCGUGGAUGGACGUGAUGAGGGAUAUGAAUCUGGAUGUUUUGUUGGUAUAG